UAUUGACUCUAGAAAACAGUGUUAUUUUUCUAAUAUUUGCUAAUAUUUGCAAAUUUUCUCAAUAUAUCAAGGGUUUUUAAUGAAAAUGAUAUUGAAAAAACUACAAACGUGAUUCACUACAAUACAUUUUAAUAAUUUUCCAGAAUAAUUUGUGUUUUAAAGGUGAAUAACAAGAACUUAAAGUGAUGGAUGUCUACAUCCGUAAAGUGCUCCGCGUAUCAGUGGCACAAAUUUGCCAAACAAUAGGAUAUAAUUCUUUUCAGUCCAUUCCAUUGGAAUUGCUUGUAGAUAGUUUACAGAAAUUUCUUCAAGAAUUCGCAAGAGACCUUCAUCGACAUGUUGAAUUAUUCAAUCGCACCGAAGCUAAUUUGGAUGAUGUUGCGCUUUCAUUGCAAAGCCUCAAUAUCAGUGUGGGUGAUCUGCUGGAGUACAUAAACCAUGUCCAACCAGUGAGUUGUAACAUUGAAAUUCCCCACCUACCGGCUGCAAAGUCCUCCAACUUAAAUUUCCUAAAACCAGGCAGCAAAGAAGUACUCACAAGACCUGUUCAUAUCUAUGAGCAUCUGCCGCCAAUUCUUCGAGAUACCGAUGAAGAAGAUGACAAAUCGAAUAUUGCUUUGGACUCACCAAAUUCAGCUGGACAAGCGAAUUUAAGUCUUGGUUCUAUAACCAAUGAACCGACGGAUGAAGUGGACAGGAAACCACCAGGACAACAAAUAACCGAUUUGAAUGAUUCAAAAACAAUGGGUGAGGCAAACAACUCCAACCAUCUACCAAUAGACAUAUCGUCCAAAUCCACUGUACCGAGUAGUGCAACACGGGAGAUUAGUAGUGUGAUGAUGACUUCAGGUGGGUUUAUUUCGCCUGCAAUAGAGGGAAAGACUCCAGAAUGCGUUAUUCCCGAUAUUGUGGAAAAGUAUUUUGGUCUAGAUGCUCCUCCCUCUGCAACUCCACCAAUUCCGCCUGUGAGUUCUCAGUCCGCAAGUAAUCCCGAAUCAGCUGUGUCCUCUUCGAAACCAAACUCCUCCCAAUCACCUUCGAACCAAAACAAUGACCAGAAUUCACCCUCAAAACCAUCAAAAAAUAAUCAAAAUGCCGAUAAGAAGAAAAAGAUAAAGAAGAAGGCUUUAAGCAGUAUGCCACCAAACAGCAUAGGGAUGCCUCCCGGCGCUAUCACUGACAAGGCCCAACGCAAACGAUUCAAAAUGCUUCAAAAAUCAAUGGCUAAAAAUGGCUCUGGAAGCAACAUUGGAAAUUUGAAGAGCAAGAAUCACAACAUGAGUCAUGGGUCGCAGGAUAAACAUCUGAAGAAGCAGUAUAAGCUCAAGCAAAAGCAAAUUCGUCAACAAUCGAUCCAGAAACAAACAGAAGCUGCAUUAAGUGCAGUUCCUAAUGUCUUUCGUGGUCCUUUGGACAGAACUCCAAUGCUCUCUCCAGAAACUGAGAAAAUCAAGAUGAAGAAGGAAUUGCCAAGAGUUCCAGUAGUUCCUCCCUUGCCAGAAGAUCUUCCUGCACCUGCAGAACCAGAGCCUCCAAGUUCUGUCUUUGGUUCGCCACCUUUCUCUCAUUCCAAGGCAAAUCAUCAACCGCCAACAUCAGGCAGUCAAGACAUGAAGGUUACUCCACCACUUCCACCGAUGCCUCAGAACGUAGUGGCAGGUAUACCACCUUCCCUACUGCACAACGAUGAGAUUAAGCUAAGUAAUGAACCAGAUCGCAGUAAAUUGAAUAUAUUUAAAAAGAUUUCUUCGUCUGGAAGGAAGGAGCGUGGAGAAGGCCCAAUUCAACAUCCGGAUAUAAAGCCAGUUACCGGUCCUUCUGGAAGCACAACAAUUUUCGGUGACUCUCAAGUAAUAAGUCUGCCAUCGGGAACAACAAUAACUCCAGCGCCACCCUCCGGCUCCGGCCGACAUGUAUACGCUCCACCUCCAUUAUCAACACAACAAUCGAGUGACUUCAAUUCGGUGAUUUCAGUGGACGAUGGCAGUGGAAUCCCAGAGGGCAGUGCUGUUCUCAUGCAACGAGGUGAUCUUAUGAUUCAAAAGCCCAAAAAACGUGGUCGUAAGCCGGGUAGCAAAAAUCAACCAAAAAUUCUCGGUCUAAACACGAAGAAGCCCAAAAAGAUGAAGAAAUCCUUUUUUGGACACCAUUCCUCAUCGAAUCUUAUAGAACCCUUGAAUCUUUCUCACAAUUCAAUUGACAACAUAGCAAAUAUCCCAUUGGGAAUAGCAAGUACCUUCCCCAUUGAUGGUGGAGUGAGCAUGAAAAUGAAAAAAGAGCGCAAAAAGUCAAAGAUGGCUAAAGAUUCUGGCUUCAUGCAUAACCAUAGCAAACAAUCGACGGGGCCUAGUAACAGAAACAUGGCUCCAACAAAAGAGGAAUUCGGAACAAUUAAUCAAAAACUAAUGAUGAUGAAUACGGUCCUGCAGCCAGCCCCACCGUUGCCGGCGAGUGGUAGCAUGUCGUUGCCUGUCGAUGUAGAUUCUGCAAUGCGAGCGAAGAAGGAGCGGAAGAAGCAAAAACUUAUGAAAGAUCAGCAAAAGCAGGCUAUGCAGCAUGGAAACAUGCAGUAUAAUAGCCAUCAGCCUGGCCAACAACCCAGUGGAGUUGGGCGUAGUCCUUCUCCAUUCACCCCUCAGAAUUUCCCCAAUUCCAUACCAAACAUGGAGGGUAUGCCGAUGUUCCCAUUCUAUCCAUUCCCAGCCCGUCCCGGUUUGAUUCCAUCACACAAUUUGUUCUCUCAACUACCGAAUAUGCAUAACAAUGGCUUGUUUAUGCCCCCCUUGAUGGGAUUCCCUCCCCUUAACCAGUCUAUUCGCUCAUUUUUCAAAGACGAGAAAACAAGUGCCGCCCCAUUACCAAUGGCUCCAGAAGGAUCAUACAGUAAGGUUGCACCCCUGGUGCCAGAUACUAUGAAGUUAGAGCUUUCGCCAGGUGCAGGAUCAUCAAAGCCCAAGCCAAUAAAUUCCCCUAGAAGCGGCGGGCAGGCCUCGCAUAAUAACACAGAACCAAUGUCUCUGUUGUCACCAGGGCAUGUUGGUGUCAUUCGAAAAAAAUCUGACGAACACACUGCGUCCUUGAAUGCAAAUGUACUCAAAAAUAACGAAACAAUUGAAGUUUCAUCCGACGAUUCGGUUCAGGACGAGAUGAGAAGUCAACAUCAGACCUCGGCCUCGUUUUCGAACCGUCCGGCGGCGCCCUUAACUGGAAUUCCUUCAGGUCUCUAUCGCCAAUCGAGAAACGCUCAGCCACCACCGUCCAAUAACAACGAUGUUAAUAUGGUGGAGGAUGUCGAUCGGUCUUCAUCGACAGAGCGCCGGAACAAAGAGCAUAAGAAGGUGAAAAAGAUCAACAAACAAGGAAAGAAACAAUCUCUUCCCGUUGGAGGAGCAUUGGCUGAAAUAAAAAAUACUACAAGAUUGGAGCCGAGUUCGGGUGUUGAACCAAUGGACGUGAGUUCGGAGUCAGGAAAGAAAAAUGACGACUCGGCUAACUCAUCGGGCAACACACCCAUGGAUUAUGAGUUGUCUCCAGAAAAACGGAAGGAUCAUAAAAAAAUGAAGAAAUUGCUCAAGGAAACAAAAAUUAAGAAGAAAAAGGACAAGAAAGAUAAGAAUAAAAAUAAGGAGAAAAACCUAGAGAAGGUUGUGAAAACUGAAAAGACAGAAAAAGAGAAGCGCAAAGAAGAGAAAAAAGAUAAGGAUAAGCUAAAAAAAUUAAAAAAGGAUAAGAAAAAGUGUAAAGAAGACAAAGAGCGAAUUGAAGGAGAUGCAACUGUAUCAAGUGGUGGCAUAGUGAAGUACACAUCAUCUGGAGGGGACGGCGCUGGUUCUUCGAAUGAAGUUUCAUCAGUCAUCCCGAAAAUUACACUGAAAUUGGGACAAUCAGGUCAUUCACCAACAUCACUCAAAGCUGGGUCCAAAUCGUCUAUCAUGGGUGGUGGAGGUUUUAAUCUUACAGAACGAGAACAAUCUCCAGAACUCGCGCGAAUAUCCCCCCUCGUCACUCGACCACCCAAGCAACACAAGUCAGGAACUGAAGACAUGGGCAGCAGCAAUGCUGCCAAUACCGUUUCUGGAGCAGGCACAGGUCCUUUUCAUCACGCACCUUCGCUAUCUGCUUCGCUUAAUAUCCUCAACGAUUCGGUAAUAGACAUCGAUAGCAAUAGCGGCGGGCCAUCCACUUUUAUGCUACCAGCGUCGGCGACAAUUUUGGGUGGCCUUGGGUUGCCACAAGCCAGUACAAAAUCGCCAGCCAACAAUAGUGCAAUGGGUUCGUCGUUCCACAGUGCUGCUGGUGCUUCAAGUAAUCCGCAACAUGCGACGUCUUCAAAUAAACACACAUUGGCCGCAUCAUUGAUUUCAGAAGCCAAUCGCCCAACUUCGUAUGUCGAUACCUCCACCAAGGACGCUGAAGGCAAUCGUGUUUGGAUAUGUCCAGCCUGUGGUAAAGUAGACGAUGGAUCACCAAUGAUCGGCUGCGAUGGUUGCGAUGCAUGGUAUCACUGGGUGUGUGUUGGAAUUUUGGUGGCUCCAGAGGACAACGAGGAUUGGUAUUGUCGUGUUUGUAUCGCUAAGAAAAAAGGUGUGCAUGGUGGCGACAAGAAACGCAAGCGAAAUAAAAAGAAAAACGCAGAGUUUUAGAAUUCUGUUUCAUAAUAAAAAGAAAUUCUGAAUCACCGUUAAAAACAAACAAGUACGGCAUUUCAAUCGAAUUAUCAAUUAAAAAUUGUUAAUCACAUCUUUUCAAAAUAAUUAUUGUUUGCUCGUAUAAGUUAUUUGAAACUUAAAAUAUCUAUUCUAAAAAUUAAGAAAAGACGUGUCGACAAAAAAAAAAUUAAAUUUUAUAGAAUUAGAAAAUAAUUUAUCAUAACUUUUACUUCUUUAGAUUUAAGGUUAAAAAAUAAUGUUGCUAUUUAGAAAUCAUCAUAAAAAAAAUUGUAAAGUUCCAUUUGGUAAAUUUUGUUUAUCUGUUUUUAUAUUGAUUUAAAAAUUUGCAUAUAUAUUAAUAUUAAAUUUAUAUUGAGAAAUCAAUUUAUUGUAGGUUAUUCUAUUCUCCUUCUUUUACUCAUAGGUAAUGUAAUCGAUUGAAUUGUUUAAAAUAUUCCAAAUUAAACGAAAAAAGUUUUUAAAUAAAACAA